CCUUGCCUUGGGUAGUCGAGUUACCCGCACGAAGCUGGAGAAGAAGGUACUGGUUCAGGAUAUUUGAAUCAGGGCGCACACAAAUCCCCAUGCACGGAGUUGUCAAGUUUCCUUGCAGGGGCGCUAUUAGUAUUAGGCCGAGGCAAGCUUUGCCGGGCGCAGGGGUAGUGCAACACCUUGAUCCAUUGUUGGUCCGGUGGUAGGUCAGAUUGAGAUGCACCCAGCCGGCCCAGGAUUUAGACACCUAAAAGUAGGUUAGACUCGCAGAGAGGCGCUCAUUGAUGGUUGAGUGGUAACAAAGUAAAGAACACCUCUUGCCGUGUUUUCCAGAGUUGGCCCUUUCCCACUUGCCAUGUUGGGUGCACCGACCCGGGUCCUGGAGGUAGUCAAGAAGCAGACAGGUGGCUUGCUGUGGAAGGUGCAGCGCAUGACCAAGACGCGGCGCGCCAACGCCAAGGCCCGCCACGCCCGCACGCACCAGGUCGAGGACAUCCUGAGGGCCUGCGCCCAGGAGCCGCAGCCAGACACCACCCCCGCCCCACCAGCAGGCACUGCAGAAGUGUCCGCCGGUACGAAAUCGGAGUAGGCGGCAGCGCUCUGCUUCCCAGCUCUCCCUAUGGCUCAGUGCGUUGCUGCCACCGCUGGCGCCCGCACGCUGGGCGGUUGCCACUUGCGGGAAGUAGACGUAGAGGCCUCCUGGAGAGUGUCUGCGGGCUUGCGGGCCGCAGCCUUGCCGUGUGCUCGUCUUGGCAGCCAGCCCGGCUCAGGAGCAACGGUGUGCGCAGAGGCAAGGUCGCUGCUUGGGGCGCCAUUGUCAGCAGGUGCAGAGGUUGGAGGGACACGAUGGAGGGGUGGUCGCAACGCCACAGUCAGCGCGGCUAGCAGCAGCCCUGGCCUGGCGGGGAGCGGAGGGGGAGGAGACCGGGGGCCAGGGAGGGGGCGGGGAUACGGCGGUGGUGGGGAUGGCAACAAGGAUGAGGAUGACAGCAGCGCUGAUGUCAGGAUUGGGCAGCAGAGCGGGGUGGUGCAUCAGCUGCGGCGCGGGCUGCAGGAGCGGCUCGAGGUGGACCCCGACUUUGUGUUCAAGCUGGGCGUGGAGUGCAUGAACGACGCGGGGAUCAUCCUGGCGGUGAACUACCUUCAACGGGGCAAGCGAUUCUUCAGCGAGCUGGAGUUUGUCAUCUGCCAGCUGGCGUGCAGCUUGCUGUGCGACAUGACGCUGGUGUACCUGCUGGCGCCCCUCCCCGUCGCCUCUGCUGCCACGCUGGCCGCCUCGUCCGCCAUCGCCCGCCUCCCGCAGCACAUGUUCCAGAGGGGGCCCUUCACCCUCGCGCAGAGGGCCGGGUGUUACGUGUACAAGGGCGUGCUGUACGGCCUCAUUGGCUGCGUCAACGGGGGAGCUGGCACGGCCCUGGUGCACGCCCUCACGGCCGCGCGCGAACAGGUGGACCCUGCGUAUGUCCCCCCCGCGACCACGAACCCCAUCGGCAAGUCCAUGCUGCUCUGGACGGCCUACCUCGGACUGUCUUCCAACACGCGGUACCAGCUCGUGAACGGGCUGGAGCAGGUCUUGUACGGCGUCUUCUCGCAGCACCUUGGCGUGGCGCGCGCCGCCACCAUAGCCAUGCGCCUUGGGAACAACUUCCUGGGAUCACUCAACUACGUGUGGCUCGCCCAGGCGACUCAGCUGGCCGUGCCCCGCCUGCCCCGUCGGAAGCUGGCUGCACCCGUAGCUUGAUUGGGCCGCUUGCAGCGAGGGAGUUGCGGUGGCCCUGCUUUUGACCGAGGGUAACGAAUUCGAGUGAUUGCACGUUUUUGGCAGCUUUUGCAUACAUUGAGCGUUGUGAAAUUGCGGCUGAUUGCGGUUCGCUUUCGGAAUAUUGCCGUAAGGGGACACUUGCCGGGGAAGAGUUGCGAUGAGCUGGUGAUGCUGGCCCUGAGACACCAUUCUUGUAUUCUUGUCUGCUUGUUUUUUGAGGGAAAUUGUAGUAGUCAAUGUGGUAGUCUAUCGUGGGCUGUCAAGAUUGAUUUGACAGUCAAUGAAGCUUGGUAUUCUUGCUGAAGAAGGAGAGGCGACUUCGAAUCUUCAAAAUAGGAAAGGGAAAGGUUGUCGACGGAAGCCUCAGGUUUGACCCCCGUGCCGAGAAUCGUGGUGACAAUUCAAGCCGCUUUGAAGGCAACAGAAGGAAAUUUUGGGUCUGACAUAGCAUGGUGGAAAUGUGGACCGAGGUUGAAUGAAUAAAGUGUUAUGCCCGCCACUUUUGCGCGGUACGUGCAUGCGGAUCAUUCCGGCGAUUGACGCGAAAUGUCAGGGGGGGGUAGCCAGCUAGUUUUGUUGUUGUUGGAUUGGCAUGAUGCAAUGCGUAGAUGAUGCGGAAGAGAUGCUGGUGCCGAGGCGCUGCCGCAGCGAUAGAGUACCGCAUGACAGCUGUCACGUUGUAGAGGCUCGUUGCCGUGGCUCAUCGGAGCUGCGCGCGCGCGCGAGUUGUGAGCCGUUGAUAUUAGGGCUCGACCCGAUCGGACGGCUGUAGGUUGCUGCAGUUUGUAGUCUACUGUGUGUAGACCCGAAUGCUGAGUGACUGCGGCCAGCCCUAUAAGCUGGACCCGAAAGUUGCUGAUGCAACUUUCUGUACGUUGC